CAUAAUGUCAAUGGUGAGAGGAUGGAGAUCUUGUGGAAUGCUAAAGAAAGAUUUCCUGAUAUGAACUUGACAAUGUUUUAUAAAUUUGAUCAACAAGAAGAGAAGCAGUGCCCUCAAUAUGUACAUGACCAAGGAUACAACACUGGAUGCCUCUUUCCGACUGAAGGGAGUUAUCUUUCUAUUUACAUUAAGAAUCCAAAUGGAACAGAAGUGCUUUGCUAUGAUGAACAAGAAAGCAGCAAGUUCUUCAAGCCCAACCCACCUGAAAAUGUAACCUUCCAAUGGGCAGAGGAUAAAAUAACCAUACAGUGCAAGACACCUUACAAUGCACAUUGUUUUGUCUUUGAGCUUCGAUACAAAAGCAGAUUUGAUAAAGAUUGGCAGUUCAGGAAUCACUCAUGCUGCGAGAUUAAAGACCAAGGCUUUGAUCUGGCAAAAUGCUAUUCCUUUCGAUUCAGGCUGAAACAUCAUCACUGCAGUACUGUUUCUUAUUCCAGUGAAUGGGGAGUAGAAACAUUCUGGAAAAAUGGCAAGUCUGCAGAUUCCUGUGCUAUAGACAAUUCCAAACCUGAAUCACAUACUGUAAUCCUUUUGAUUUCGGUGAUGGCUGGCUUCCUGGUAAUAUUUGCCCUUCUGUUGUAUGUUUGCAGAUUAAAAAGAAUUAGGAAGAUCCUAGUGCCUGCUGUACCAGACCCCAAACAUGUAUAUUCUGAUUUGUUCAGUGGUCACAAUGGGAACUUUCAGGAGUGGAUUAGCAAAACAGAAAAUGUGCUUGUUCAAACAAAAGUGGAAUAUGAAGAAGAAGAAUGUGUAAUUGAAGAAGAAAGUGGGAAAGAUCUCUAGGGAGCCAAAGCAGAGGCCAAAGGUAUUAUUAUUCAAGACUGUCCUGGCUAUAAACAUGGAAAAAGGAAUGUCGCCACGUGUUUCCGAGCUGAGCGGG